CCUGGCUGGUUCCUGCCGCGUUCCCAUCGGAAAGCAAUCGGAUAGGGGCACUUUUGCGCCCAUCGUAAUUAGAAGCAGGAUGUGCCUCGUGUGAGGAGCUGCACCCGUGUGAGGGGACGUGACUGAGCAUCGUCGAGCAGGAACACGUGGCGCCGUGUUGGCAAACGUGCAAAAAAAUAUAAAAAAAUAUAAAAAAAACAACAACCAAAGGACGAAACGAAAGGGUCAUGGCACCGUUGCCACCUCCAGUAGGGCCACCGGGUGGACGGGAACGGAAUCACCACCAUCACCAUCGGCGAAGGGCCCACGGAUUGUACUUCCAUUCAUCGCCACCGAAAGUACUCCAAAUGAACAACCACUUAGCGACGAAGGAAAACGAUUACAGAAGCAGAGACGGGAUAGCGAUCAAACCGUCAAGCAUUCGAAUAUGGUUGCACCACAAGCAAAUGUCCAAACUGGCGAAGGUCCUGUGGGCGGGUCAGGGUAUGCGGCUGCGGACGGAAACCUCCCACCACCCUCGAAUGAAGCGGUUCCUCGAAUGCGUCCCGCACGUGAUGGGCGUCAUCAAGGACAUCCAUCAGGCCGUGAUAGACAACGAUCUGGACACGCUGAAGGAGAAAACGAGCCCACCAGCCCCGAGGGUCAUUCUGACCAGCAAGGACGCGAAUGGUUUGACGCCCCUGCACAAAGCCGCCGGGCUCGCACACACGCACAUCGUCGAGUACAUCCUAUCCGUGUGGCCAAGCCUGUCAUCGGACGAGGAUCACACCGGCAAAACGCCACUACACUGGGCUGCUAGUGCGAAAAACAACGCGCGCAGUUUCAAUCUGCUCGUGCAGGCUGGCGCUGACGAAACCGCCCUUGAUGACCGCCACAAACCGGCGGAGUAUUACAAGAACAAACCGGCCGACAUCGACCGAUCGCUGCUGACCGUUAUCCCGGAAGCACCCCGAAUUUCCCAGCAAGGUUUUCCCGCCUACUUCGAUUGGGCGAUGUUCACGCUCCCGGACGACUCCGAUGACUCGCAGGGCUCUCAGCCAACGCGAAUGAAACCGUUUCUUUCGCAGCAUAAUCUCCUGGACGCGGAUGCACCGGCGGGGGUGGCCACGGGUGGGGCGGGCGAGUCGGUCAGCAAGUCGAAAUCCGUGCACAACCUCACGAACGGCGUGCUGACCGAGCUGGGCCAGGAACGGGCAGGCACCGGUGGCAGCGAGCGAGAGGAUGUGGCGGAAAAAAAUGGCGAAAAGGAUGUGCAACAAGCGGCAACGGAUGGGGUGCACGAUCGCGAGGAUACACCGACGGUGGAACAGGACGAGACGGUAGUGGAGCAUGGUACUAACACUCCAACAGCAGGAGACGGCACCGAUGCACCGGACGUGUCGCACGAAACCGUCAACGGUGAUAGCGUUUCACAGGAUGCGCCUGUUACACCUCAAACGGAUCCCGACGCUGGUUCCGUUGGGGACGUAGCAAACGAGGCUGAUCGUUCGCUAACGCCCGUUUCGGCGGAUGUCGAGGCGAGCAGGGUAGACAGUGGUGUAAGAGCUGAUAGGGAAGCUGCGAGCCGAAAUGUGUCCGCAAAAGAGCAGUCCAUCGAACCGGAUACAAAAGCCAGCAAGGACGAAUUGGCAGAUCCUUCAGCUGAGUCUCCAGGUCCGAAUGAAGACGCAGAAGUGUCCAAGGACAGUCUAGAACAGGUCACUGCGAAAGAUGAAGAAAUCGACCAGGAUAGUCUCGGAAAGGAUCUGGAACCGGAAGAAGCCGAACGUGAUUCGAAUGCCGAGCGGACAGCGUCAGCUUUAUCAGUUCCGACGUCCGGAAAGAUUGGUUCUCAAGCACAGUCAAGAGCUGCCACAGGAAAGAGCAUCAAAUCGGUUGGGUCUGUUGCUCCGGAACAGGAACAAGGCGCGAUAGAAAGUCAAACCAGUCGACAAGCCUCGGCAGCAGUUGUUCCGAAUGGUGUAGAGGAAGCGAGACCGGAUUCAAGGGCUACAAACGAAGCUCUUGAGCUCCAAGAAACGCUUGAACCAUCAGACGACCGAGAGUCAGCAACAUCUGCUAGCAGUGCAAGACAAAAUGAGCGCAAAUCAGGCUUUCGUACGCAACCAAGUUCGGCGAAGGAACCGGUAACACCUACCACACGUCCUCCGAGCCAUGCUGACGUGGAAAUGGAUCCCAUCUCACGGCAGGCUUCAUCGACGGUGACGACGGGUCGUGCCUCGGGUAAAUCGGUCGAGUCAUCGGCCACAAAUCGACGGGCUUCGAUCGGAUCUCGAAAAUCCAUGAAGUCGGCGAGUCUCGCGGCAACUGACAGCCAGGAACAAACUGACACGGGACCACGGCACGACGAGAAUGAUGAUGAUUCGGAAGGAAACGAUGACUCAAAUAAUGCUGACGUGCAGAUCGCUAGUUACCGUACGCCCGCAGAGCAAACACCGUCAGCACGGAAGAAACGGUCACCAGACCCAACCGAGGACGAGCAACCGAAGCUGACACCAGUGAACGAACCAGAUGGAGAACCAUCCGGAGAUGGAACACCAGCAGAAUCGGAUCCGCCAGACCAACAGCCGGUGGAAUCCUUGCCGGUUGACGAGCCCACACCGGAACCAUCCAAUCAGGUGCUGGAAAUUGAAGGCACGGUGGAAGGCGAACCGGAUCAGGGUCAACUGCAGUCACAAAACCAGGCACCCGUGCAGCUCGAAGAACCUCCUAAUAUGCAACAAACGGUGCAGGAUGCGAUUGAUAGCGCUGACUUGGAGCAGCUGGCCACUAUCGUGCUGAACGGUGAAGGAAAACAACUCAUUGGACGAAAAUCCGGCCAAUCGGAAAUACAAGCGUUUCUAGACAACGUUCCAGCGUACAUGGCUAAAAUUCGACGAGUACACCUGGCGGCACGCGAGGGAAGCCUGCGUGAUUUACAAUCGGCCCUAGACAGACGCAAAUUCGCCACGGCAAAGGACGAAAUUUCCCCGCACGGUGCAACACCCCUACACGUGGCGACGGUGUUCGGGCACGCAGGAAUCGUGCGCUACCUUGCGGGUCGCUUCCCAGAGACACUCGGUGCCAUUGAUGACGAUGGCAGGACUCCCCUGCAUUAUGCGGCAACCCUGAAGGAUAACGGCCACUUCUACAAUCUGCUGACGCACCUUGGCGCCAACCCAAAGGUGGAGGAUAACCUCAACCGCUCGGCCGAGUAUUAUCUGGGUCACGUGCAAUCGCAGGGUGUGCUGUCCCAUCGGCAACUGUUGCGCGAUUAUGGUGCCAAGGAAGAACUCGCCGAUGAGAUGCUGAACGAUCAAGUUCCGGAUGACCAGCACAGUGCCCGUCGACCGUUGGACGACGUCGACACGUUAACGACACUCGAGCGGUGCUUCAAGAUCAUCCACGAACCGAUCGACGAUCUGGUGCGAUCGGUGGGACUACCCACCAACAGCGUACCGGGCAGUGCGUCCUCUCUGCGCAUCCUGAUCACCUCCUAUCUGGCGCGGUUUCUCAAGCGCAGCGUCUUCGAUAAGGUGAAGAAACGCCAAACUCGGCUGGACCACAAUCUGUUCGACGUUAUCUGGCCGGCGAUGAAGAAGGCAACGAAGGAGAAACGCCUCGACGAGGAUCUAAACGUUGGGCUUGUCAUACCGGACUACGACGUGUUCGUGGUGUUCCAAGAGUUUCUGGUGCCGCUGAUCAAAGACAUGCACUGUAUGGAGUUGACGCAACCGUUCAUGCCUCAUCCACCGAUGCAGUACUUCCCGAGGUACGUGAUGCAAACUCGUGAAGUGGAACAACCCGUGGAACCAGGCACAAAUGGUAAUGUACUGCGAGAGAAUCCUGAUGGCGUGCAGCUGAACCUGGACACUUCGGGUAAAUUCAUCACCGGAUGUGUUCUUGAGUGCGCUCGAAAUCUGGAGGCGUACGAGUUCCCGCUUAAUCUCGGAAUCGCGCAGCUGGAACAAGUCGAACGACUCAUCACCGCCCGGGUGCUUUCGAUGGAGUUCGUGCGCGCGAUCGGAGAGACAGAACUAGGCACGUACUACAGCAUGAACGAGAUCCUGGAGAAUCCCUCCGAAAUCCGGACGGUGUUGGCAACGGCUGGGCUGCUAAUACCGCUGCUUGAUCACACCGAUCCGUACCAGACGGCUGAAUCGAUCGCCAUAAACGGGCGUUUCUGGCCGUACGGACGUGGCGUGUACGUCAGCCACGAUGGCGGACUAGUCGUGUGGGUUAACGCGCAGGAUCACUUCCGGUUGGUGUGCUGCACCGAGAGCAAAGAUCCUGCCUGCAUCGGAGCAGCCUACUCGAAAGUUGGCCGUGCCAUGCACUACCUCGAAUCGUGGCUCUCGUUUAAACACAGCUACUUCCUCGGGUACCUAGUGUCACGACCGUCCUUCCUCGGUACCGGACUCAAAAUCACCCUCACGCUCGUGCUGCCCCAUCUGCGCAAGGAGAAGGAAAACUUGCGCCACCUGUGCGUCGUCCGGGGGUUGUACCUACUAACCGACGAGGAACUUCCGUCAGUGCGGAUGUGCAACAUGCGCAGCCUGGCCCAAACCGAGUGGCAGCUGUUUCAGGACUUUUGCGGUGCCAUCACGAACGUGGUCGCGCUCGAGAAGGAGCUGUCGAUGUCGAACUCGCUGCACAUCGCCGCCACGCUGUUGCGCAUAUUUCAGCUGGGUGAACAACAGGUCGAGAUACCUUUAUUCCGCACCGAGGAAGGUCGUUAUCUCGCCACGUCUCUCGGAGAUCCGCUGAUCAAGGGCUUAACGGAGGUAGCGAACAAGCGGCCACCGGAUCCAAUAACGUAUCUGGCAAAUUAUUUGUUUAACUUUGCCAAUCAAAAAACGAAACCCAGUCGUAAGGAGUCAUCAGAAAACGACUCCAAUAACAACUUCAUCGAAGGUUCUGUAAACCAACCGGCCGAAAAGGAGCUCGAAAGCUCGGGAAAGCAAACGCCUGCCAACAUAGCGGCCACGGUGCAACCGACGAUGGAACCGAUAGCAGUCAAGGAUGAAAGUCAACCGUCACCUGACGAGCCGGAUUUGAUACCAGCUCCUUCGGAUGAUCGGGACGAACACGGACAGAGUAUGCUUCAUUUUGCGUGUGCCCGAUCACACGGCAGGAAUGCGCUCAUCCAGCUGAUCGAGGAGUCCGGUACAAAUAUUACGUACCGCGACGAGCUGUACCGUACGGCCAGGGAUGUUGCUUUACAAGCAACGCAGCCAGACAACGCCAAAGAAAUUGAUCGCUAUAUUAUCGGAUUGGUUGCUAAAGGUGAUCUUGAGGCGUUGAACGGAAUGCUCCUGGAAGGAUACGAUCACAUUGUGGACGUUGUUGCUCCCGACGGUACCCCCAUUGAGCAGGUGGCGAGUUCUCGCGGUCAUCAGGAUAUCGUUCGGUUUUUGGAAGAAGUUCGUGCUUUUGAGGAAAAUCGGGAAAAUCUGAUCAGUGCCAUAAGACAGAAACAAUUCGAAGCGGUUGUUAAUCUGUCUAAAUUACCAGACGGCGCAAAACUUGUUCGUGCGAAGAAUUACUAUGGCCGUUGCUCACUGCACAUCGCCAUUCUCAUGGAAAAUGAAGAUAUUGUCGACUAUCUGGCAUACAAUUUUAAAGGAGCGUUGAAAAUUGGUGACAACUUAGAUCGCACUCCUUUGCAUUAUGCCAUGGGAGUCAGCAACGUGGAGGCUCUUAGUCGCAUUUUGAUUAAAAAUGGCGCUAAACGAGUAGUGAAGGAUCUAAAAGGACGACAGCCGAGCUACUAUUUCAUGAAUAAGGCUGACAUAUUGCGUUUACAGGAAGAAGAAAAGGAAUAAGCUGGUAUAGUUACAAACGCAAUCUGAGAGAUACUAAUGAUUUAACGUCUCGGCCCCAUCGAUCAUCGUUGCUGGAUCAAUAUUUAUGGUACAUAAAUUCAAUCUGCAAAAUGUUAUUUGAAUGUUUUGUGAUAGCGUUAUAAUUGUGAUAGUGGUGGCAU